CAUUCACAAAAAUGCUGUGGAGGAGGAGUUUGAGGGCAAAGGUUUUCUCCCGAAACAACGACCAAAUGCUGCUUUAAGGACUGUUUUUUUAUUACGCAGUAUUUUUUCAUCACACACAAAAGCGUUGAAGGACACUUCAUGUGACUGGGCAAAAUGUCUCGUUACCUGAGGCAUUUCACGGCGGUGGGUGAUGACCAAAACAUCGCUACCCAGUGGCAUGACGAAGAACUGCACGUUGCCAGCGAAGCCCUUGAGCUCGCCACAGGGCAACACCUGGGUCAGGUCAGCUUCAGAGACUCCCUACGCAGGCUUUACAGUUCAGAGAAGUUCCAGAUUGUUGUUGUCAGUCUGGUCAUUUUGGAUGCCGUAUUCGUCCUGUGCGAGCUGCUUAUGGACUUAUCUAUCAUUGAAGCAGAUCAUCACAGAAUUGUCCCGCAGGUAUUUCACUAUCUCAGUCUCGCCCUUCUCACAUUCUUCAUGGUGGAGUUGUCUGGAAAAAUCUACGCCUACCGUCUGGAGUUCUUCCGGCAUAAGUUUGAGGUGUUUGAUGGAAUUGUGGUGGUGGUGUCCUUCAUACUGGAUAUUAUUUAUAUCUCAAAGGAAGAUGCAUUUGAUGCCAUGGGGUUGCUGAUCUUGCUCAGGCUGUGGAGAGUGGCCAGAAUCAUAAAUGGUAUCAUCAUGUCAGUGAAAAAUCGUGCCCAUCACAAAGUUCAGAAAGUGAAAGAGAUCAAUGAAAACCUUGUUCAUGAAGUCAACGAACUUAAAGAGCGAAAUACCAAAAUUGACCAAGAAAAUGCCAGGCUUCAAGCACUUUUAAAACAGCACAGUAUUGAGUUCUGACUUCAGGAGUCAAGCGGAACUUUCAUUAAAUCACAUCACUUGUUACUGGCAAUUUGAGACAGUGAUUAAGACCAAUCAAGGAUUAUUCCAUAUGAAAUGUGAGGAAAUGCAUGAUUUGUAAAGUGCAUUGCAUAUAAAUUGUCACUUUAAAGUUGAAUUGAUCUAGGUUUGCCUACCACUUCUAGAUCUUUAAUUGCACAAUUUAGGGCAGAUGGAUAUUAAGUCCAGUAACUCAUGUUGAUUUAUGUACAGCAGAGGUCAAAGUUAACAUGCAAAGGGAAAUCUAUAAAUGGUAUAUGUACCAUACUGUAAAUGUAAUCCUAUCUUCGAGUAUAACAUGAUCGAUAUUCAUUCAUAAAUCUUAGUAUCAAUAUUACUGUUAUGUAUGAACUGCACAUUUCUAUUACAUUUGUCUUAUUCUGAAUGUGAAUAUGUGAGCAAAUAAAAGCUAUACAAUAAACACUGUUUUAUAAGCAGUAUGAAAUAAAGUUAUAGACCAGUAUAUUGGCAGAUGAAGUGCCCUCUUAACCGAUUAACAAGGUGUUAGUUUGCUUUUGUUAAAAAAAUGAACCGAUGAAUAGUCCACAUUUUCUGGUUUCAAUUUUGUUAGUACAUUUUUAAGUGUUUAAUUUCAGCAAUUUAUUGUCAGCAUUGUUUCGGCCAUUGGUCACCCUGCUCUUUAGAUUUUGGUAACAUGUAUCUACCACUGAAAAACCCAUAUUGGUCGACCACUAGGAUGAAAGUAUUCUUUAUUUUAAAGAAAAAUGUAAUAAGUGCAUUAUAUACAAUACUAAUAGACAAUAAAACUAUAUGCAUUUAUGAAAUGCAUAAAAUGAAAUCAUGCUAUAAACAUAGAAUUGUAAAAAAUAAAUAAACAAGAAUAAUUUCCUGAAAAAGCAGCAAUAGCAUGGUAUUUGAGUGUGUCAUUGUUAUUAGUGCAAAAGAGAUACUGAAAUGGUUUUCUUGACAAUAUCUUAAAGGAAAAGUUCACCCAAAAAUGAAAAUUCUCGAAUCAUUUAUUCACCCUCAUGCCAUCCCAGAUGUGAGUGAGUUUCUUCAGCAGAACAUAAAUUAAGAUUUUUAGAUGACUUUUUCAGCUCUUAGCAAUUGGUCCAUACAGUACAAGUGAAUGGGUGCCAAAAUUUUGAAGCUCCAAAAAUUAAAGGAAUGUUCCAGGUUCAAUCGACAGCAAUUGUGGCAACAAAAAUGUAUUUUGACUCAUUCCUCCUUUUCUUUAAAAAAAGCUAAAAUCAAGGUUACAGUGAAGCACUUACAUUGGAAGUAAAAGUGGACAAUGAAAGUGAAUGUGGCCAAUUUUUGUGUGAAUGUGGAGAGUUUAAACUGAAUCUGUGAAGUUUAACAUUUUAUAAAAGCACUAACGGUCAUUCUUCUGUUAAAAUGUGUUUAGUAUUUGAGCUGUAAAGUUGUUUAAAUCAUAAUUUUACAGUCAUUUUAGGGCUUGUUGACAUUCCAUCGUCAUAGUAACAAAGUUGUAAAAUUGGCAAUAACUUUACACACAGGAAAGGUUUGUUAGUGAUUUUAUCACACUAAAAUCAUGUUUACACGUAUAUUGUUUAUGUCUUGUGGCUAUACUUUUGAACCCGUAUUUUAAUGUUAAAAACAUUGGCCCCCAUUCACUUUCAUUGUACGUGCCUCACUGUGACCCAGAUUUUUGCUUUUUUUAAAGGAGGGACGAGUCAAAAUUCAUUUUUGUGGUAAUCAAUAUUAUACCACUAACCCAGAAUAUUCCUUUAAAACAAUGUCUCCAAAAGCAAUUUGAAAGGUGUGGGUUAGAAACGGAUCAAUAUUUAAAUACAUUUUUACUAUAAAGUCUCCUCCCUGCUCAGUUAGUCUCCACUUUAACUUUCACAUUCUUCAUGCAUACGCCCCAGAAUGUCUAGCAAAAAUUAUCUUAAAUAUUGAUGUUUCUCACUCACACCUAUCAUAUCACUUCAGAAGAUAUGGAUUAAACCACUGCAGUCAAAUGGAUACUUUUAUACUGCCUUUGUGAUUUUUGGA